AAUGAAGAAAACAUGCAGCGUGGGAGAAAGAAUAUUCAAACAGGAUUACAAGAGGAGAAUGAAGAUGUUUGGAGCAUUGGUAGAGAGCGUGGCGCUGUUUGGAGCAGAGGUAUGGGGCUGGAACAUGGAAGAAAGGUUAGAUAGGAUAAAAAGAGGGUACGUGAAAUGGAUCUUAGGUUUAGAUAGGACAACACCAAACUACAUACUGACAGAAGAGUGCAAGCUAGAAGAAAUCAAGGAAAGAGCAGUAAAAAGAGCAGCAAGGUACGAGGAGAGAACCCUAGAAUCGAAAAAGGAACUGGUAAAAGAGUGCAUAAAGGAAAGAGAGAGAGAAACUGAGGAAAUGGCCAGGAAGGGAAAAGAGCAAGAAAGAGAAAGAAGGGACUAGAAGAGGUGAAAAAUUGAG